AUGCUACAUAUUUUUUCAGGCUUAUAUUCCGAAGAUCAUGGAUUUAUCGAUAAUAAGAUGUAUGACCCGAAACAUAAGACCGAGUUUUUGUUAGGUUUCAAUCGGGAGCAAUAUGACAGCUACUGGUGGGAUGAUGGAGACCCUUUAUGGAUAACUGCCAAACGUCAGAACAAGUCCAGUUAUUUCUACUUUUGGCCUGGUUGCGAGGUGACCAUCAAAGAUCUGAAACCAGAUUACUGUCGGAUGUACACGGAAGUUCCUUCUAUGAAAGAUUUUAGAGAUUCUAUAAAGCAAGGCAUUAUAAAUUUUGUAAAUAAUUCGGCUGAUUUAGUUGGUAUUUACUUCGAAUUAACUGAUAAAAUGGGGCACAGUUAUGGGCCGAACAGCCCUCAAUUGGAAUCGGUGCUCAAGGAAACCAGCGAAAUUAUCGAUAGACUACUGGUUCAGUUAAAAGAACACCAUCUUGAAAACGAAGUGAAUGUCAUUUUGACAUCUGAUCACGGCAUGUCACAAAUCACGCCAAAUCGAUAUAUCGAUCUCAAUCCUGUAUUAAAGGUUCAAGAUACACUUCGUGUGUAUGGUUCCGUAUUUCUGUCUAUAUGGCCCAGAGAGGGUAAAACAAACCAGGUGUACAACUCUUUGAAGAAUUAUCACCCCAAUUUAACAGUUUAUCUCAAACACGAUAUUCCAGAAAGAUGGAGACUAAAACAUCAUUACCGUGUACCUCCUAUAAUUGCUGUCGCGGAUAUAGGCUGGUAUGUCAUCACACCGCCCGGAAAACGAUACCCGACUAUUGAUGGACAACCGAUCGGUGGUUACCAUGGUUACGACAACGAAGAAACUGACAUGAGAGGGAUAUUUACGGGUGUUGGACCGGAUUUCCGAAAAAAUGCAGUCGUACCUUGGCUCAAUGCUGUCGACAUCUACCAAUUCAUGUGUGACAUCUUAAACAUCGAGCCGUCACCAAAUGACGGUGACUCUACUGUCACGAGACUCAUGAGACCGAAACCUGCGCCACUUCCUCAACCUCUGCCUCCCGUCACCUUCCCAGACGAACAGACAGAGAGUAUAACAGUCAUAGCAGAGACAACAGAAAUAGCAACAGAAAUAUCACCCAAACUGCUAUCCACACUGCGACCACAAUCAUCGCCUUUAUCAUUUUCAUCGUUGUCAUCAUCGUUUGCAGGGAGAGAGGUGUCGUCUGAGAGCACACUCCCGCCACAGAGAGCAGAGUCAUCACAAGCACCGUCCCAAGAGACUCCUGAUUUUGGCAAGUCCUUUAUGACACUGUCAACACACACUGAAAAUUCUGCAUCGACUCCUGUUUUCAAAAUCUACUAUUCCUACCUGAUACUCCUACUUGCCAUGAUUUCUUGGCAGAUACUCCAGUAAAGAGAAUCAACGCGAGAAAAAAAGUCGAUGAACACCCCCAACCCCCAGAGCUGAUCUUGUUUGUGUGUGUGUGUGUGUGUGUGUGU